AUGACGGAGGGCCCCUUCCAGUGGGAAGAGGCCCCAACCGCCACGGGGGGAGGAGGACGUGGACAAGGUAUUCGCCAAGCAGCCAACCUGGCAGAGGCUGCUCGGCUCGCUGAGGAAGCUGCGGCCGAAGCACGCCGGAAGCGUGAGGCCGCGGCUGAAGCCACUGCAGUAGCCAAGAAGAGGGCGGAACCCAAGGCUGCCGCCUUCGCCGGCAGCGCUGAGGUCUUUGAGUUCGCGGCAGAGUCCAGCUUCAUGCAAGGCCGGGAUGAGCUCCACCUUGAUCGGCACGUCAUGGUCAAAGACCUCGCGGCCGCGGCCAAAGCGAUGAAGAUGCCCAUCGAUGCCCUGGACAAGCCGGUGGCGCUUUUUGCCGUCUAUGACGGCCACUUUGGGCCAAAGUGCGCCGAGUUCUGCGCGCAGAACUUCCACAAGAAGUUGCUGCCGCGCCUGGCGAAGAUCUCUUCGCUUCGAGACCAGACGGUCGAAGAGCAGGUGCGCGCCAGCCUCAUUGCCGCCAUUGCAGACUUGGACAACGAGUUCCUCAGCAAGUUCCGUACGGAUCGGUCGGGCAGCUGCCUGCAGUUGGCGCUCCUGUCAGGGAGGCGUCUCUUUUCCUGCGGCCUCGGGGUCGGCAAUACACUCCUCUGCUCUGGCGAAGAGCCUUUCGAAGCCCUCCACCAGAGCUUGAGCCCGGACACGCCUAGCGAGGCGCAGCGCGUCGAGGCGGCUGGCGGAGGCAUCAUGGAGGUCGCCCCUGAUGUGCUGCACGUUGUUGGGGCCGACUUCGAGAAGCGGCUCAAGGAGUUUCGCAUCCAGUCCGCCUCGGGUUUGGGAUGCAGCCUUGUUCCACCCAUGACUUCGCCCUUUCCCCGGGCGCUCGGGGAUCGCGAGCUGAAGUCACCCAACAAAGUCGUGCUGGCAGAGCCGGAGGUUCGAACAGUGUGGCUGGACCGAUCCCACGUGGCUUUGGCGCUCUACUGCGACGGGAUUUCGGAGCACCUACCCCCGGAGGAGCUCGCGGCGUUGCUGCGCCGCUGCCGCGGCAGCGAGCGCCGGGCCGCGGCGGAGAUUACGCAAGAGGCCUUCAACCGGGGCAGCGAGCAAAACCUGACGGCCAUCACGGUCUACUUCCGCUGGCCGGCGAAGCGCAGCCAUGAUCAGGUAUCUCCUCCUGUCGCAGCCCCGGCGGCGAAGCGGCCUGUGAACCAAGCUGCCGAGACACCAAAGCCAGCAGAAGAGGCGCCAAAGUCCGCGCCACCUGCAACUCCGCCAGCGGUCAAGCGGCCUGUGCUGACAGCGGAAGACGUAAGGAGAGAGAAGGCUAGCCGAAAGAUGCAUCGGCAUGAGCCAGGGCCUUCGCCGACACCCUCGGUGGCGGCGGGGCUGAUCGAGGAGCAGGAGCGUGUCGAUAAGGCAGCACACGCGCUGAAGGUUCUUCGCAUCUCAGGGGACAUCUAUCAGGAUGACGAGGGCGACAUCGCCCACGAGUUCUUGGAGGAAGCGGAGGGUGGCCUGGUAGUGAUCCAGGCGGUAGUCAAGGUCUGA